CGGCAAAUCACAACACAAUUCCCCACCGCUCCUCGACCCCCAUCCGCUCGCAGCUCGAACCAAGGAGAGAUCGUCAGCCAUGUCCGGCCGCGGCAAGGGAGGCAAGGGGCUCGGCAAGGGCGGCGCCAAGCGCCACAGGAAGGUGCUGCGCGACAACAUCCAGGGCAUCACCAAGCCGGCCAUUCGGCGCCUGGCGAGGAGGGGCGGCGUGAAGCGCAUCUCGGGGCUCAUCUACGAGGAGACCCGCGGCGUGCUCAAGAUCUUCCUCGAGAACGUCAUCCGCGACGCCGUCACCUACACCGAGCACGCCCGCCGCAAGACCGUCACCGCCAUGGACGUCGUCUACGCGCUCAAGCGCCAGGGCCGCACCCUCUACGGCUUCGGCGGGGCUAGGCUCUUCCUCGCCCCCCCCUCCUGCAGAUCCCAAAAGUUUGAUGAAACCGCGACUUUUUAGUUCUCUAUUUGCUCUGUAGUUCGAACUGAAUCGUGGAACAAAGUGAUUCGCAUGUGUUGCUGGAAAUCAAACUUGUCUCAGUGAAA